GUAAAGUUGCAUUGAUAUAUGAAAUACCAGUAUAAUAUUUGCAGCUUGUAGAUAUAUGCGCUAUAAUCAAAUUGGUCUUGCACAUUAUUCGGACAAAGACUAGGAGCCGGAUAUUUCCAAAUUAAUUUUCUGUGGUUUGUGGUAUAGUUCAUUGGCAGAUUUGUUUUCAAUGUACAAAUUACAUACAAGUAACUUAGAAAAAACAAGGUGACCAUUGGAAGGAAGUUAUGAGAACACUGCAUGGAUCCUUACUGAAGACAGAGCUACUAGUUAGACUGUUCCUCAUUAUAUUUUUCUUUUACACCGACAAGGCUCCUGGCUUUGUGAGGAAGAUCCAGAAAGAAGAGUACUGGUUAUAUAACUUUCCACGUACAAUCAGUUACUAUCCCAGUGCAUACCUAUGGCUUACAGUAUUAUUCAGUCCUUUGAUAACAGUGUGGAUUGUUUAUUUCUUCACAAAGGAUAAAGUGGAUGCUGUCCAAUCAUUACUAGGUUCUUGUCUGUCCAUAUUCCUGGCAGGAAGUAUUACCAAUGUUGUCAAGAUGGGCGUGGGCAGACCUAGACCCGACUUCCUGGCUCGAUGUUUCCCUGACGGAGAUAUAGAUGAUUCUAUGAUAUGUAAGGGAAACGUGAAAGAUGUUAUAGAUGGAUAUAAAAGUUUUCCAAGCGGACAUUCAGCACUAAGUUUCUCCUGUCUAGGAUUUCUCUCCCUUUAUGUGGCUGGAAAACUUCAUGUAUUUAACCCUACUGGUCGAGGAAGUGCAUGGCGUCUUAUGUGUGUGAUAUUUCCAUUGCUAUGGGCAACAAUGAUAGCAGUAUCUAGAACAGCUGAUUAUCAUCACCAUUGGCAAGAUGUGACAGUCGGCAGUAUAUUAGGUCUGACCAUUGCCUAUUUGGUUUACCGCAUGUAUUACCCAUCCUUACAGAGACUGAACUCUCAUGUGCCAUACGUGUCAAUAUCACCAGCUGAUACACAGAUACCGUACAUAGAUCACCGAAUGGACACACCGCUUACGCCAUUAUCCCCUUCUCAUACUACAGAUAUAGAGCAGCUGUUGAAAACUGUCUAGUGUCAUUUUAAUUUAUUCAAAUAGUUGCACAACUUAUGUGAUCAUUUUUUUAAAAUCAUAAUAACAUUACAGUCGAAAUACAGUAACAGUCAAACCUCAUUUGCUCGAACUCAACGGGACCGGCAAAAUUUGUUCCAGUAUUAGUAGUUCAAGCCAUCAAACAAUAUAUAUUAUCCCUUACCCUGCUGAAUUUCUGUAAUGGACUUGUUCAUCUUACAAUUAGGACUGUUCCAUUAACUGUUUAAAGGGAUGCUUACCAAAAAGAUCCUGACUGAAUGGCGAACAGUGCAGAUCAUGAUGAGACUGCACUGAAGUGCAAUCUGAUCAUGAUCUACACUGGUCGAAAAGGAAGAAUCAAUCAUGUCCAACAUGGUAAGGGUUAUACAGGGAUUUUGCUAGGACCUGUCACUGAGUUUGAGCGAAGGGCAGUGCACAUAUUAUGCAAGUCCAAACAAACUAAGUUUAACUGUAAUUGAAUUUAUUGAAAAUCAAAAGUUCUGCUGAACUUGUAAGUUAAUUUUGAAUCAUAUUAGCUUGCCAUUGAGUUUGUCUACCUCAGUUCUCUGUUGUUCUGAAGAGCUGAAUGUUGAAUGAGUUACUGUGAAGCAGUAGUGGUUGUAGAUGGACCAAAGCAUUUAUGUAGAUCUUUAAUAUUUUUGUUUUUGAAAUAUUACGUAGUUAAGAGACCAGGAAGCUGUUUAGUAAUACUGUAUAUGAUACAUUUUUUUUGUACAGUCACAGUAUAUGUAUUAACUUUUUUCAUAAAAAUCUUUUUUCCAAGAGUUAUGUAUAUAGUAAAGUGGUAAGACGUAUUUGCAAGGUCACGUGCCAUUCAAACUUUGUAGAUAUAAUUUGCAAUGCGCUUUAUUUAACUGCAUAUUUAUAUUUUAUUGUACAGUUUCCACUCUAUUAGAUUAAAAUUUUGUGAGAGUAUAUGAAAUAUAUAUAUAUAUACCUGGCAUGUUGUUUAGCUGGAAAAUAGUUGUAAGGCAAAGGAUAACAUUUUGAGUUUUAAGAUAGAUAAAUUUUCUUAAACGGAAUAGAAAAGUACAGUAAAACCCCACAUUAAGACCACCCCUAAAUUAAGACCACCUCAGUAUUAAGACCACUUUUUUUCCAGAACAGUAUUUUCUCUUUUACAUUUCAAUAGUCGCAAACCAUCUGUGAUACUAAUUGUUCAACAAACAACCAUUUUGAGGUUUCAGUACAAUUUAUUUUUCAUUUUUGAUAACUUGUUAUUUCUGUGAAAUUGUUUGAUUUUGUGAUCAUGAUAUUUCACGAUUUUGGUCAAAACAGCUAUUUCACUGGGAUAUGAAUUUGAAGAAUCCAAGUGUUGAACAGAAAAUAAAUUAGAAUUUGACUUGUUUGUUAAGAUUAAGGUAAUGGACUCAUAACAACAAUUGGCCAAUAACAAAUUAUCCAUAUGUGAAUUUGGAAUUUUCCGACUUUUUGUGCGAAUAUAUGUGAGUGUUAAUUGAGCUACAUUUACAUCUGAGGAAUGCUAAAUUGCUUAAUGAGAUUAAGUAAUCAAGCAGGCAUUGCUUAUGCAUAGGAAAUAGAGAUCAAUAUAAUUGCACCUUUACUAAUCCUACAGGUGUUCUGUAUUACAAAAGUGCUUCUAUUGUGACAAUUUGAUACAAGUAGAACUGUAUUAUCUGCACUAUUAGUUACUUACUGGUACUUCAUUUUAUUAUUGGUUUGUUAAAAGUUGAUUUUUAUGCCCCCGAAGGGAGGCAUAUAGUUUUUGAACCGUCUGUCGGUCUUUCGGUCUGUCGGUCCGUCGGUCUGUCAGUCUGUCAGUCUGUCGGUCUGUCAGUCUGUCCGCAAUUUUCGUGUCCGGUCCAUAUCUUUGUCAUUGAUGGAUGGAUUUUCAAAUAACUUGGCAUGAAUGUGUACCACAGUAAGACGACGUGUCGCGCGCAAGACCCAGGUCCGUAGCUCAAAGGUCAAGGUCACACUUAGACAUUAAAGGAUAGUGCAUUUAUGGUCGUGUCCGGUCCAUAUCUUUGUCAUCGGUGGAUGGAUUUUCAAAUUACUUGGCAUGAAUGUGUACCACAGUAAGACGACAUGUUGCGCGCAAGACCCAGGUCCGUAGCUCAAAGGUCAAGGUCACACUUAGACUUUAAAGGAUAGUGCAUUGAUGGGCGUGUCCGGUCCAUAUCUUUGUCAUCCAUGGAUGGAUUUUCAAAUAACUUGGCAUGAAUGUGUACCACAGUAAGACGACGUGUCACGCGCAAGACCCAGGUCCG